AUGUUCGAGCAAAGACUGCAGAUUCUACUGGCCUUCGGCUGCCUUUUGGCCGUCAGCGUCGCCGGCAACGAGGAGACGGCUCUUCCGGAGCAGGGACUCUUCAGCUUUUUGGAUCGUCGUGCUCGUGAUAUUCCCUCCCAGGCGUACGCCGCUCCAGUGGUCUACAAUUCCCAGGCCAGCUACUCGGCUUCCAAGUCCCAAGGUGGCUACGGCGCCCCAGUGGCUCCGGCUGCAGCUCCAAGCUAUUCAGCACCAGCGGCUGCGGCUCCGUCUUACUCGGCUCCUGCAUCUUCUGGAUACUCAGCCCCUAAGGCUUCAUCGUACUCGGCUCCAGCUGCUCCUAGCUACUCAGCUCCGGCUGCUCCUAGCUACUCGGCUCCUGCUGCUCCUAGCUACUCAGCUCCGGCUGCUCCAUCGUAUUCAGCCCCGGCAGCACCAUCGUAUUCAGCACCCGCAGCUCCAAGUUACUCUGCCCCGGCAGCUCCAAGUUACUCUGCCCCGGCAGCUCCUAGCUAUUCCGCACCCGCUGCUCCUGCCUAUUCAGAACCAGCUGCCCCUAGCUACUCGGCUCCUGCUGCUCCUAGCUAUUCAGCGCCAGCAGCCGCAGCUCCGUCCUAUUCGGCUCCCGCAUCCUCUGGAUAUUCAGCACGCAAGGCCUCAUCAUACUCGGCUCCCGCUGCCCCUAGCUAUUCAGCUCCCGCUUCCCCUAGCUACUCUGCUCCAGCAGCUCCAUCGUAUUCAGCACCAAAGGCUCCAGCAUACUCGGCUCCUGCAGCACCCAGCUACUCCGCACCGGCUGCUCCAUCCUACUCCGCACCGGCUGCUCCAUCCUACUCAGCUCCUGCUGCUGCUCCAUCUUAUUCAGCUCCUGCAGCUCUCAGUUACUCUGCUCCUGCUGCUCCUAGCUAUUCUGCGCCAGCGGCUCCAUCGUACUCGGCUCCGGCCGCCCCAGCCUACUCCGCUCCAGCCGCACCAGCUUAUUCAGCACCGGCAGCUCCCAGCUACUCCGCUCCUGCUUCCUCAUCGUACUCAGCCCCAGCUGCUCCACCGUAUUCAGCUCCCAAGGCUUCAGCUGCCGCAAGUUACUCGGCUCCUGCCGCCCCAUCAUAUUCAGCUCCCUCAUCCUCAUCGUACUCGGCACCUGCUGCUCCUCCAUCGUAUUCAGCUCCCAAGGCCCCAGCGUACUCGGCUCCCGCAGCUCCCAGCUACUCGGCCCCGGCAGCACCAUCCUAUUCAGCUCCCGCACCCUCAUCCCCAUCGUAUUCAGCUCCUGCAUCCUCAUCCUAUUCAGCACCAGCUUCAUCAUCCUAUUCCGCACCAAAAGCCCCUUCAUACUCAGCCCCAUCCUCCUCGCCCAGUUAUUCUGCCCCAGCCGCGUCCUCUGGAUACUCAGCUCCCUCCAAGUCGGGUGGCUAUGCUCGCGAUAUGGAUAUGCUGGGAAUGGCCAGGACAGCUGGAGGUUAUGGAUCAGCAGCUCCUUCCUACGGCUCGGCAGCUCCUUCCUACGGCUCGGCAGCUCCUUCCUACGGAGGAGUCUCUGUUCCAGCUCCACCCUGCCCCAAGAGCUAUGUCUUCAGCUGCCAGAGCGUCUUCAGUCCAGCUCCUUGCAGUCAAGGAUCUGCUUACUAAAAGGACUCGCAACAAUCACAUCAUGUUUAAUAAAAAUGAAACUAAUGAUCG